UCGUUUCUGGGAAAAACAGGAAGCUUGUUUUCAGAGCUUUAUCUUUGGAGUCCAAGAAGCACACAAAUUAAUUCUCGAAAAGACAGUCAUGACAUCCUUAAAUUCAGAUCUAAAUUUGGAUGAAAUGGGCCCGGUGUCAAGUUUAGAACUCGAACAGAUGAUACAGAACUUUGGUAAAGUGGAUGAUGUUACUGACCCGACAAACCAACAUUUGAUUGGACAGACUGUACUAACAUCGCAAGUGGGACAGUCACCAUUGUUGUCAAGUGCUGCAUUGAGCCCCUCAACCAACACACGCCCUAUCUCUGCAGACACCGACCCCUAUGUGGAGAUUGUGGAACAGCCCAAAUCUCGAGGCCUUCGUUUCCGAUAUGAAUGUGAAGGCCGAUCGGCUGGAAGUAUCCCUGGUGAACGAACCUCUGCAGAAAAGAAAACUUUUCCAACAAUAAAGAUACACAACUACUCUGGCAAUGCUAUUGUGGUUGUAUCAUGUGUGACGAAGGAAGGUGCACCACACUGUAAACCACAUCCACACUCACUUGUGGGAAAGGACUGUAAGAAAGGAGUUUGUACCGUGAAAGUCAAGGAAACCAAUGUAAUCAGUUUCCCACAUCUCGGCAUCCAAUGUGCUAAAAAGAAAGAUGUGGAAAACUCGCUGAAAACACGAAAAGAAAUCAAUGUGGAUCCUUUUCAAACUGGCUUCAGCCAUGGAAGCGGUAAUAUUGAUCUGAAUGUCGUCAGGUUGUGUUUCCAAGUGUUUCUUCCUGAUGCCAAUGGAAAGAUAACCAGAGUUGUCCCACCAGUCACCUCUCAAGUCAUUCAUGACAAAAAAUCAUUGAACGAGUUGGUUAUUUGUCGAGUGGAUAGAAGCUCAGGCAGAGCUAGAGGAGGCGAUGAGAUCUUUUUGCUCUGUGAAAAAAUAAACAAAGAUGAUAUUCAAGUGCGUUUCUAUGAGGAGAAUUUUACCAGUGUUGUAUGGGAAGCAUUUGGAGAUUUUGGUGCUGGUGAUGUGCACCGACAGUAUGCCAUCGUGUUCAAGACUCCAGCAUUCCGGGAGAAAUUAAUUGAUCGUCCUGUUGAAGUACAGAUGCAGCUUCGCCGACCGUCAGACCAGGAGAUGAGUGAACCUAUUCCGUUUACAUACAUGCCUGAAGAUCCAGACCCUGAUCGAAUAGAGGAGAAGAGGAAACGUAAAGCUGCUUCGUUUGCUCAGCACUGGAAUGCCUCACCUGCAGGUUUUCUCGACCAUGGACGGAAUCCCAACACUGAUGUGAAGGAAAGUUUACGCACAAAACUGAAAGCAAACCGUAAAAUAAAAGAAGAGGGAACACCUCAACAAAGUGUACCCAUGUACUCCUAUGAUAACCUCGGAAUGAAGACUACCAUGCCUGCAAACCCAAUGGCUGUUAGUGAGGGCAUGUCGAUAAAUUACCGCACAGCUGACAACACAGCCAUGGGAAAUGUCAUAGUGUCUCAGCAACCCACCUUGGCCAAUCAGUAUGCAGGUAUUAAGGUCAACGUUGGAAAUCCAUCGGGCAUGGAUAUUGACCUCUCGGCCAACAACAUCGUGGUGGCGCCAGUCAGUGCUGGUUUUACAGCGGAAACCGUCGACCUGCAGAUGUUACAAGCGUACCUGCAGGAUCACAUUCAAGUGGAGGACGGAUACACGUUUCAGCCCAUGAACAGUUUGUCAGGCGACCUUCUCGAUCCGUCGUCAUUUGACCCCGCUGUGGCUGCCAUGGAAAGUGUCAUGGCUGACGAUGUUAACACGGACCCCUCGACCGCCAACAACCUUGCAUCCACCGCUCAGGAAGCUUUGAGAGCUCUUGACGAAAAUACAUGAAAAGUGUUCAGUGAAAACUUUUUUAAAAAUAAAAUAAAAAUGUACGUUCUUUUGAAUACACAACAUUCAAAUUUGGUUCUGCAGCAAGAGAUGGGAAAACCAGUUUGUUUUUGAGAUUGGAAUUUUGAAGAACUAUUUGUUCUUCAAAAACUGUUGAUGGAGGAAGAAAUAAUUUCUGUACCAUGAUGUAAUUAACAGGAUGUACCUGUAACUGUCCUCUGUAAAGGUUUUACGUAUGCAAAUGUUACAAUUGCUAUGUGCCAUAUUGUUGAACGUGAUGGAUAUAAAUAGAACAUGUUGCUCACAUAUAUAUCUGCAUGUACAGGUUAUUUUAAGACUGUUGAAAUUGAUAAGAUAGACUUUUUACUGAAAUAUAUUGCCUGAAUCAAUAAUGAGUAGUGGAAAGAAAAAAACCUCUGGCUUGAAUUGUAAAUGUUGGUUUAUAUAUAAUAUAUAUAUAUAUUUAUAUAUAUAUCUAGUUAAUGAUUUUAGAGAUAAAUGUAUUUCUAAACAAAUUGUCAAAUAAUUUUAUACGUCUUGAAUUCUUGAGGUGACACACAAUGAAUGAAUAUUUCUACUGAAUCAAUGAUGCAACAAUUAAUUACGUUAAUCUAUAUUUGCACUUCAUUGUGUAAAUGGGAUUGACAGAUGGGCCGACUCUGUUGGUGCAGUAUAUGGAAUAUGUCUCCGAGUGAGUUUUUUUUAUGGCAAUGUAUGUAUAUAUGGACUCCUGCUUUCAUUUUCAUAAAAAUACCAAGAACAUUUUCAUAAACUCCCCUUUUACUGGGACAGAAUUAUUUGUAUGUAGAGAAUCAUAUUCAUCAAAUUAACACUACCGAAUGCAUUCAUCUCCUCAUCAUCAUUUGUCUGUGUCCAGUUUAAAAAUUAUUCUCUGGGUUAUGUAACUGAGAUUUACUCCAGACAUUGCUUUAUUCAACUGUUGUUACCAUAGUCUAGAAGUGAUUGUUUCCAAGUUGGGUAAUUGGUCUGAGAGAGUUAAUUUCGGACUGAUACAGCAGAACAAGAUCCACUGAAUGUGAAUAGUUCAGUGACAACCAGGUGGUUUACGCAGCAGACAGUGGCUCUGCGCAUUGGAGGAAGAAAGAAAAUGUUUUAUUUGAUGACACACUUGGCACAUUUUAUUUAUGAUUAUAUGGCACAUUGGAGGAAUAUGAAUAAACAAUCAGGUGUCUCAGUAAAUCUGCUGUGUAGUUGCAGUAGUAACCAGUGAGCCUUGCCGACAUGGAUGGAGAAAUGGGCAGCGUUGAUAAAGGAACUGAAAAGCUGGUGUUUAGCCACAACAGUAAAAUUAACCUUGGAAAGAACUGCUUUGUUCGGUGGCUGUUACAAGUGUCAGUUGUAACCGUGUCUUAUGUAGAUGGGAGGUAUGAACUGGCAGGCCUUCCUUCAGUGAGCAAUACAUAUGGAUGGUUGACAAAGUUCAAACCUUGGAUAAUGAUACUGGCUGAAUUCCCUCACAAAGAGAAGCAGAGUCACUGAACAGCAGAAACCGGUUACCUAGCUAAUGUGAUGAAGACCAUCUGUCCAUCCAUAAUAAAUGAUUAGCAGAAACUACAUUGAAAACAAGCUGAUAACCAUCAUCUGCUGAUAACCAUCAUCUGGUAGAUCCACUCUUUGUGCACCAUAGCUGGUAGUAUCAAAGUUGUGGUAUGUGCCAUCUGAUGUGUGGGGAAAUGCAUUUAAAAGACCCAUUAGCAUUAUGGCUGUCUAUUUGGUGGGAAUAAUGUUCGUUUCUUAAACAAACUCGAGAGGAAGCCUAUGCUCUUUGAAUUCAUGAACCUUAGAUUGAUAUAAACAUGCACAUUUUAUACCCGUACCCAAGCAUAAAUUGACCACAAUGAUCUGGAAAUGGCAACUUGUUAAUGAAGCUGAGCUCUAACAAGUAAAAUCAUCAUCUUUUGUUACAAUAUUCACUUCAAGAAGCAUAAUAUUGACUUAAAGGGUUGGACAAUUAUUUACUUUUAGAUGAUUAUUUUGCUGCUUUUAUGUCCAGGGUUUUAUCUCUGAAAAUUAAAAUUUUACAUAACAGUAUCAACAUGGAAAUUGUGUGAAUUAAAAUACAAUAGGUAAUUUUUAUAAAACAUUUUAAAAGACCAAAAGUAGGUUGAUUAAAAGUAGUAUCAGAUGGAGCACAUACAGUUACAUCAAAGAGUUUACAAUAAAUCUGUAUGGGGUUUCUCUUUUGGGGCUGGGGUCUUAUUUGUUUCAAAGUAGUGGAGAAGUUUUUAGUUUUUUAAAUCUGGUUUUAGAAACGCGAGAGAUAAAACCCUGAUAUUUGUAGGUUUUUUUUUAUAGAAGUGUUAAUUAUAGACUGUAAUGUAACUGCUUAUCCUAUGAAAUAAACCAUUUAAAUUAGAAA